CUCUGUCCUCUUGCUAACUGGCUAUGCCAACAAAAACAGCACCUAAGAAGGCAAAGGGCUUCAGGACUGUAAGUUCAGAGGAAAGUUUACAGACUUCAUUUCCAGAUGGCCAUUUAAGUCCGAUUCGUUUGCAAAACGUGACGUUUUGUUGUGGAAAUUUGGCUCAGGUUUUUAAGCUAGACCAAGCAUCAAUUCCUCAGCCCCAGGGAUCAUGGCCAAAGAUGCUGGUCUGAUUGAGGCCAAUGGGGAGUUGAAGGUUUUCAUUGAUCAAAACUUGAGCCCUGGCAAAGGUGUGCUGUCUUUAGUAACGGUGCAUCCACAGGCUUUGACUGUUGGAAAACAGCUGUUGCCAAAAACACUGGGCCCUUCCAACGUGAACAUUGCACCACAUAUGGUUAUUAGCACACCUCAGAGGCCCAGCGGCUCCAAUGUGAUCCUCAUGAACAGCCCACACACACCAAGCUCUCAGUUUAUUACCCAGAGUCAACCGUCAGAAGCCUCUCCUUGGUCUUCAGGAAAAAGGGGUAAGAAGGGGGAGAAGAAUGGGAAAGGCCUCAGACAUUUUUCCAUGAAGGUUUGCGAGAAGGUCCAGCGGAAGGGUGUCACAACUUACAACGAGGUUGCUGAUGAGCUUGUGGCCGAGUUCAGCUCUGGUGAUAAUCAUAUCUCUCCUAAUGAUGCGCAUGUGUAUGACCAGAAGAACAUUCGACGGCGUGUGUACGAUGCUCUCAAUGUGCUGAUGGCCAUGAACAUAAUUUCCAAAGAGAAAAAGGAGAUCAAAUGGAUUGGUCUGCCCACAAACUCUGCUCAGGAGUGCCAGAACCUGGAGGUGGAGAGGCAAAGACGUUUGGAGAGAAUCAAACAAAAACAGUCACAACUUCAAGAACUUAUAUUACAGCAAAUUGCUUUUAAGAACCUUGUACAGAGAAACCGCCAGAGAGAACAACAGACAAAAAGGCCCCCACCUGCCAACUCAGUCAUUCACCUGCCAUUUAUUAUCGUCAACACCAGCAAGAAAACAGUCAUUGACUGCAGCAUUUCCAAUGACAAGUUUGAGUACCUCUUCAACUUUGAUAGCAUGUUUGAGAUUCACGAUGACAUUGAGGUAUUGAAGCGCAUGGGCAUGGCUUGUGGUCUUGAGGUGGGCAAGUGCUCUGCUGAAGACCUGAAGACUGCUAGGAGCUUGGUGCCCAAAGCCCUGGAGCCUUAUGUCACAGAAAUGGCACAGGGACCUAUCAGUAAUGUCUACAUGACGGGGGCUUCAUCUGCAAAUGGAGGUGGCCGCUAUCAUGUAGGAGGUGACAGUGGGGCCGAUGCUACAAUGGCCUCUAGUUCUAAUGACUCCCACUACAGCGGCUCUCGGGUGGAGACUCCCGUCUCUUACAUGGGUGAGGACGAUGACGACGACGAUGAGUUUGAUGAAAACGACGACGAGGACUAAAAGCUCAGCCCUCCAUCAAACCUGUCCAUCGUGCACAAGUUCUUCCAGCUGCCAUGUCUGAGAAUUGAUCAACCACAUCGUUCUUUUAACUCUACUGCAACUCACUGUUUCUCUCACUCUCUGUCUGAGAAGGGCAUUGAAGAACACGGGCUUUAUCAGGAUGAGUUGUUUUCAUCCUCGUCUUUCUGAGCUCAGGACAAGCACAUCAUCAUAGGCCGUGUGCUUUGCCUACUGGGAAUUAUAGUUUUCAGCUGAAGGACUUUGCUGAAGUUCAGAGGUGUCACUUUGUUCUUUGUCGCAGCGUUUCCUCCUGGAUGUUAUUCGCUCUGAUCUGUGUGACCCUCCGAAAGAAAACCCAACCCCUCUUGCGUACAGCCUCGCGUGCUGUUGGAAAAUGUUGUGUGAUCUCUGUGUGAAGUAGUUCUCUUGUUUUGUUUUUUUGAAUGAUCUUUUUUUCCCCGAACAUGCUGGCUUGAUUUGCGUUCUGAUGAUUCGGAGACUAAUGAAUCGAAGAACGUUUUAAAGCUGGAUGCUAUUUUUUGCCCCAUGGAGGGCAGGUCUUUGGAUGUGUGGACUUUUUUCAUAUGCUGACCUGAUGUUUUCUUGCAGGCUUUUUUGUAGAAUCUCCUCCUGUGUGUGUUCGGCUCCUUGGCAUUCUGCAGAGCUCUACUUUUUUUGGAGGACUCUGAGAAGUCAGUCUAUUUGUUUGUUUGUUUCGAUUGUUCUUUCUUUCAGAGCUUCAUAGGCCAACCUGUCCUAGAGACACUGGAGGACAACGGAGAAACUUCAGUACCUAAAAGCAGUUAUAGGAAUAUAAAAAUGCGUUGUUUCUUAACCACAUGAUAUCAAGAUUUGUUUCUAGUGUCCUCUCUCGGCGUCAGUUAUACCUUGAAGCGUGUAAGGUUAAUGUUGUGUAUUAAAAAAAAAGAGAUAUGGGCUUUAGGUCUCUCUGGACUUCCCUUCGAAAAUUUCCUUUUGAAAAGAAAAGAAACUGAAUCCUUGUACUGACUCCUCAAAGUAACUUUUCUGUAAUCUAAUAUAAGUUUCAAAUUUAAAUAUAAAGAAUGUUUUAAGAAUUCAAACUCAUUGUGUUUAUUUGCGACACUAAUGUAAUACUACUAAUUUCAAUAAACUUUAUUUUAUAUAUC